GUCUUUUUCUUUCUUCUUGUACAGGAAGGGACACAUGGAGCUGCUGUGCAGACACUAAGAACAAGGAUAGAAAGCAUUCUCGGUUCUUUCUUCUAGCCCUAAAAUUUAUAAUUUUUUCCCGAGAAUUUGGUUUUCGAAAAUGGCGCUGUCGGAGGAGGAAUGCUCUUCCGCCAAAUCCCGAUCGUCAUCUUCCGCGGCAUCUUCCAGCAGCAAUCACUACCUCGCCAAGUGCGUCCUUAGAGGAAGCAUCGUUCUUCAGGUCGUCUAUGGUCGAAUCCGCUCUCCUACCUCCCUCGACGUCGUUUUCGGCAAGGAGACUUCUAUAGAACUGGUUGUAAUAGGCGAAGAUGGGAUAGUGCAAUCUGUGAGCGAGCAACCUGUGUUUGGCACCAUUAAAGACCUUGCCGUUCUACCCUGGAAAGACAAGUUUUCGCCGCAAAAUCCACAGAUGCUAGGUAAAGAUUUUUUGCUAGUUCUUUCUGACUCUGGGAAGCUCUCGGUUCUAUCUUUUUGUAAUGAAAUGCACAGAUUUUUCCCAGUGACGCAAGUUCACCUUUCAAAUCCUGGAAACUUAAGGGAUCAACUUGGAAGGUUGCUUGCUGUUGAUUCCAGUGGAUCUUUCUUUGCUGCAAGUGCCUAUGAAGAUCAAUUGGCUAUGUUCUCUGUUUCAGUAUCUGCAGGCUGUGAUAUCAUUGAUAAGAAAAUAAUUUAUCCACCUGAAAAUGGAGGAGAUGUAAGCACAGCUAGAAGCAUUCAAAAGAACAAUAUAAGUGGUACCAUAUGGGGAAUGUGCUUUAUUUCAAAAGAUCCUUAUCAGCCAAGUAAGGGGCAUAAUCCUGUACUUGCCAUUCUUUUGAAUAGGAGAAGAGCACUCCAUAACCAUAAUGAACUUCUGUUAUUGGAAUGGAACAUUAGAGAUGAUGAUGUUUCUGUGUUAUCACAAUAUGUCGAAGAUGAUCUUUUGGCAUAUGACAUUGUUGAAGUUCCUCAUUCCUAUGGAUAUGCCAUCAUGUUCAGGGUGGGUGAUGCUCUCUUAAUGGAUCUUAGAGAUGCUCAUACACCCUGUUGUGUCUAUCGAACAAACUUAAAUUUUUUACCCCAUGCACUUGAGGAGCAGAAUUUUGCUGAAGAGUCAAGCAGGGCACAACAUGAUGUUGACGAUGAAGGUAUAUUUAAUGAUGCUGCCUCUGCUUUGCUAAAGCUCCGGGAUGAUCCUAUGUGCAUAGAUAGUGACACUGACAAUAGCAAUGUAAAAAUUAGCUACAAUAGCAAUGUGAAGAUUAGCUACAAACAUGCAUGUUCGUGGAGUUGGGAACCAGGAAAUACUAAAAAUCCGAGAAUGAUUUUUUGUCUAGAUACUGGAGAAUUUUUUUUUAUUCAACUUGGCUUUGAUUUAGGUGGUCUUAGGGUUACUCAAUCUGACUGUCUUUACAAAGGAUUACAAUCAAAUGCGCUUUUAUGGGUUGAAGGUGGUUUUCUUGCUGCUCUUGUUGAGAUGGGGGAUGGGAUGGUUCUGAAAUUGGAAGAUGAAAAGCUGAUUUACAGCAGUCCUAUUCAAAACAUUGCUCCAGUACUGGAUAUGUCAAUUGUAGAUUACCAUGAUGAGAAACAUGAUCAAAUUUUUUCCUGCUGUGGGGUGGUGCCAGAGGGUUCAUUAAGGAUUAUUCAAAGUGGCAUUAGUGUAGAAAAGCUACUUAGGACAGCUCCUAUAUAUCAAGGCAUAACCGGUACCUGGACAGUUCGAAUGAAAGUUACUGAUUUGUAUCAUUCUUUUCUUGUUCUGUCAUUUGUUGAAGAGACCAGGGUAUUAUCAGUUGGUUUAAGCUUUACUGAUGUGACUGAUUCAGUUGGUUUCCAACCAGAUGUUUGUACUUUGGCAUGCGGCCUUUUGAAUGAUGGAUUGCUGAUCCAGAUUCAUCAGCAUGCAGUAAGACUUUGUUUGCCCACCAAAGUUGCUCACUGUGAAGGAGUUUCUUUCCCUUCUCCAGUUUGUAAGUCAUGGUUCCCUGAAAAUAUGAAUAUCAAUUUGGGGGCUGUUGGAGAAAAUUUAAUAGUCGUCUCUACUUCCAACCCUUGUCUUCUAUUCAUUCUUGGGUUCAGAAUGACAUCAGAAUAUAACUAUGAAAUAUAUGAAAUGCAACAUCUGAGACUGCAAUAUGAGUUAUCAUGCAUUUCCAUUCCUCAAAAAUGUUUUGAGUGCAAAAGCACAAAUCAUCCUAUGGACGUUGGAGAUGAGAGUUGUGUGGCUUCCCUUUCAUCUAAAGUUGACAUUAGUAAAUCUUUUGUUGUUGGCACACAUAAGCCUUCGGUAGAAGUUUUGUUUUUUGAUCCGGAUGACGGCCUAAGACAUCUUGCAAUUGGAACAAUUGCACUUACAAAUAUUACCGGAACUACUGUCAGUGGUUGUGUUCCUCAAGAUGUAAGGCUUGUAUAUGUUGAUCGGUUUUAUGUCCUUUCUGGACUGAGAAAUGGGAUGCUGCUUCGAUUUGAGUGGCCCACUUCCUCUACAAUUCCAUCAUCUGUAUCACCCAACUCUUCUUUUUCAGUGAAUAUAGAUUCUGAUUUUUCUAGCAUGUCAGCAUCAAAUAGUUUUGGUUUGCAACACAACUAUGUUGAAUUAUCUGAGAAGAGAGUGAGUGGGGUUCCGAUUGAUCUUCAGUUGAUUGCCGUUCGUCGCAUUGGCAUUACCCCUGUUUUCCUAAUUCCCUUGAGUGACUCGCUUAAUGCUGAUAUAAUUUCUCUGAGUGACAGACCUUGGUUGUUGCAUGCUGCAAGGCAUAGUCUCUCGUAUACAUCUAUUUCAUUUCAAUCUUCAACACAUGUAACUCCUGUAUGUUCUGUUGAUUGCCCUAAGGGUCUUUUGUUUGUAGCAGAGAACAGUCUACAUUUGGUGGAGAUGAUUCAUAGUAAGAGGCUUAAUGUGCAGAAAUUCAAUCUUGGAGGCACUCCACGGAAGGUCCUAUAUCAUAGUGAAAGCAGGUUAUUGCUUGUGAUGAGGACUGAUUUAACAACUGAUUCAUGUUCAUCUGAUAUAUGUUGUGUGGAUCCUAUUAGUGGGACAAUAAUCUCAUCUUUUAAACUUGAGCAUGGAGAAACAGGGAAAUCCAUGCAGUUAGUAAGGGCCGGGAAUGAACAGGUCCUUGUUAUCGGAACUAGUCUAUCUUCAGGUCCAGCCAUAAUGCCCAGUGGUGAGGCUGAAAGUACGAAGGGCCGUCUUAUUGUUCUGUGUCUUGAACAUGCACAAAACUCAGAUAGUGGUUCAAUGACAUUCUGUUCAAAGGCAGGGUCAUCUUCUCAAAGGGCUUCACCAUUUCGUGAAGUUGUUGCAUAUACUACAGAACAGCUAUCUAGCAGUAGCCUGUGCAGUAGCCCAGAUGAUAACAGUUGUGAUGGAAUUAAACUUGAGGAUACUGAAGCAUGGCAGUUACGGUUGUCAUAUUCAGUUGCGUGGCCUGGAAUGGCACUUGCAAUCUGUCCUUAUCUUGAGCGUUAUUUUUUGGCAUCUGCUGGUAAUAUUUUUUAUGUAUGUGGGUUUUCAAAUGACAAUACCCGAGUGAAAAAAUAUGCGAUGGGGAGGACAAGGUUUAUGAUUACAUCUCUGACCGCACACUUCACAAGAAUUGCCGUUGGUGAUUGUCGCGAUGGAGUCCUCUUUUUUUCUUAUCAAGAAGAUACCAAAAAACUGGAGCAAAUUUACUGUGAUCCAUCCCAAAGACUAGUUGCUGAUUGUAUUCUCAUGGAUGUUGAUACUGCUGUUGUGUCAGAUCGUAAGGGCAGCAUUGCUGUGCUUUCAUGCACAGAUCACGUAGAAGAUAAUGCUAGUCCGGAGUGCAACUUAACAGUAAGCUGUGCCUAUUAUAUGGGUGAGAUAGCUAUGAGCAUCAAGAAGGGAUCUUUUUCAUACAGACUUCCAGCAGAUGAUGUGUUGAACAGCGGUGAUUUGAAGAUUGACUCUACACAUAACACUAUUAUUGCCAGCACCCUGUUAGGAAGUAUGAUAACUUUCAUUCCUCUGUCAAGAGAAGAAUACGAACUCUUGGAAGCCGUCCAAGCUAGAUUAGUGAUUCAUCCAUUAACUGCUCCUAUUCUUGGAAAUGAUCAUAAUGAGUUUCGAAGACGUGAAAACCCGACUGGAGUACCGAAUAUACUUGAUGGUGAUAUGCUUACUCAAUUCUUGGAACUUACAAGUAUGCAACAAGAAGCUGUAUUAUUGUUUCCUCUUGGCUCAAGAGAUGCUGUAAGCUCAAGCAUGAAAUCAUCGUCAUCACCUUUACCUGUCAAUCAGGUUGUACAACUUCUGGAGAGAGUUCAUUAUGCUCUAAACUAGGUACAUGUCUACAGUCUCCAACUUGUUCGGGAGCUAUUGAAAAUGGCUUCAAAGUGUCCGGAUGCAGAGGCAUAUUUUUGACACAUUAGCCUUGAUGGUCAGACCACUUGUCAUCCAAUUUUCCCAGCACUGAUUUACUGACUAACAAAGCAAAAAUCCUUAUGUCAUCACUUCACACGGAUCUUGUUACCAGAGUAUUACUGUGAACGGAAUGGAGGUACUGAUGGUGCAGAUAAAAGUGUACUCAUAACUUACUUUCUUGGUUCUUAUCUAAAGCGGAGCAACAAUUGAGUUGCCUGAGGAACAAAGCGUGAGAGGUUAAGGUUUUGCCAUUUCUUUCCAUGUAAUUAAUUCCUGCUUUGGACUUGUGUUGCUUAGCCUUACUAUUUAUUGUUGGGGAGGAAAGUUGAAAAUCAUUAUUCUAUAGAAUAGUUGGAUUCAACAAUGUUUGUAUUUGUUUUUUUUUUCUUUUUGUUCGGCUGCAAAUAAAGGGUGUAUGUACCAUUAUUUGCUUUGUA